AUCGUUGGAAGUUUUUUAUCAACACGGGAAAACCCAUUCCGAGCUUCUGAGGCUCCAACGCGCCGCCGGCGGCUGUGGAUUAGGAGGUCCUCUGAGAUACUCAAACGCCAUUAUCCUAUGGCUGCGCUGCAACAAGAAGGUUCUCGGCGAGAGGCUGGACAAUAGAGUUGACGGCAUGCUGGAGGCCGGUCUGGUGCAGGAAUUACUUGACUUUCAUCGCCGAUACAACGAAGAACGACUCAAGUCCAACACGUCACCCGAUUACACGAAAGGCAUCUUCCAGAGCAUCGGCUUCAAAGAGUUCCACGCUUACCUCACACUGCCUGAGGAGGAACGCGCGAGCGAGAAGGGAAAUCUAUUGCUCCAGCAGGGAAUUAAAGAUUUGAAAUUCGUUACUCGAAGAUACGCGAAGAAGCAAGAGAAAUGGGUGAUGAACAGACUGAUUCGACGUGGUGACCGGCAGGUCCCUCCGGUUUACUCCUUAGAUUGUAGCGACGUGACCAAGUGGAACUGCCACGUCUUAGAACCUGCAGCGGCGAUUAUUUCCGCAAUAUUGCGCGGCGAGAAACCCGAACAGCGACCGAUCAAUGAAAAUGUCGAGAACCAAAAAGUCACCGACAGUAGUACAAACAUGUAUAAUUAUUGCGAGGUAUGUGAAAAAAUAUUUGUUGAAAAGGAUCAGUGGCAAGCUCACUUAAAAGGCGGCAGACACAUGAGAGCUUUGAAGAGACUCAAAAGGAGAGAAGCGGAGAAAGAAAAGGAACAAACUCAAGAAAACGAGUUGAGCACGAACUCGUGACGAAUAUCAGUACCGCAUAAAUAAUGUGUGAACAUUCGUUCUUGCGUGGCUAUCAAAACUGUGAUUACUGUAUAUUUUACAAAUAAA